AGCGAUCGGUCAAACGGAUGCCCGACGCGCGCUGCCUGUUCAAAACAAAACGGCGAAAUCAAAGCUGACCGUUUUUGGUUUUUUUUCUUUUUUAUUUUGAGAUCGUUUACCGUGCUGGCUUUCUGGCUGGCAACAAUGUAAAUACAAACACGAACAGCUAAUGCUUGAGAAUAACUAACUGAAUGACUGCUAUGCUCAGUGCAAAAAACUCGUUAAGAUAUUAAAUACACAAACACGCGACGCAUUUAAAAUGAAAGUGCCCGCGCGCGACUCAAAAUAUUCGUUCAACUUGAAAAUAUUCAAAUUACAUAACGACAAAAAAUCAUCAUCAACACACGCCUCACUGGCUGCCACGGCCAGUCCAACAACGGCCCAAAUGAUCUCGACUAAAAAAAAUUCAUGGCGCGCUUCGUGGCGUGCGGCCAUUGGAGUUAGUAACAAAACCAAAUCCAGCCACCACAACAAAAAUAAUAAUAACAAUAAUGUUAAUGUUAAAGAUGACAACUUGAAUGAUAACUGUUUAAGUGAAUCAUGCCUACAGCCCGCCAAACACAUCCCUAAUAUUGAUGAGUUGAUGUCAAUGCCAUGGUUUGGCAUGGAUAUUGGCGGAACACUCACAAAAUUGGUUUAUUUCGAGCCGAAGGAUAUAACGCCCGAUGAACAGGAUUGCGAGGCGGGUAUCUUACGUAAUAUCCGAAGGUAUUUAACUAAAAACUCGGCAUAUGGUAAAACAGGACACCGCGACACGCACUUGCAGAUGGACAAUGUUGAGAUUCGAAAGCGACGAGGCUCUCUGCAUUUCAUCCGCUUUCAGACCACAGACAUGGGUAAUUUUCUGUCACUGGCCAAGCAAAAGGGUAUGGCCGAGCUGGUGACCACGGUCUGUGCUACGGGCGGCGGUGCGUUUAAGUUUGAAAAGGAUUUUCGAGAUCAAGUCAAUAUGAAGCUGGCCAAGUUCGAUGAGCUGGACACACUGAUUAAGGGCAUACUCUUUGCCGAUAUGCACAAUGUUACUGAAUGCUAUUAUUACGAGAAUGCCAGAGAAAUUAUUAAGACAGAGAAGCGUGCGUUUAAUUUCUCACAGCCGUUUCCCUUUAUCUUGGUUAAUGUCGGCUCUGGCGUAUCCAUCCUGGCCGUCUACGGGCCAGACAACUACAAACGGAUUUCCGGCACUAGUUUGGGAGGUGGUACAUUCCUAGGCCUGUGCUGCCUGCUUACUGGUUGCACAACAUUUGAAGAAGCCAUUCAAUUGGCUACAAAGGGUGACAAUCGAAAAGUAGAUAAAUUAGUCAAGGACAUCUACGGCGGCGACUACAAUCGAUUUGGCUUGACAGGAGAUCUAGUGGCCUCAAGCUUUGGUCAGAUGCACAUAAACGACAAACGCUCUUCGGUAUCUAGGGAGGAUCUCGCAAAUGCUACGCUAGUCACAAUUACAAACAAUAUUGGCUCAAUUGCGCGAAUGUGCGCUCUGAAUGAAAAGAUCGACAAAGUCGUCUUUGUGGGCAACUUUCUGCGCGUGAAUCCCAUUUCAAUGAAAUUGCUUGCCUACGCUAUGGAGUUCUGGUCCAAUGGCACCAUGAAGGGCCUGUUUUUGGAACAUGAAGGCUACUUCGGUGCCUUGGGUUGCCUACUGCAGUUUAAUGGGGAACUAGCCGCAGCGCUUAACGAGAGUCUGGAUCAUUCGCCGCCACCAAACACAACGCCACAACAAUGUGUCGCGGAGCCGUCCAAAGAAACAGCAAGCUCAGCAGAUAAGCCAAAUGAUAGCACAACCAGAUAGUCACUUCGCUUAAAUUGAGUAUCAAAUACUGUAUCAUAUAAAUAACUUAUGCAUCUUAAACAAUAAUAUUGAAACUGAACAAAAGGGGUUGACAAAUUGAUGCAUUUUCUCCCUAUUAACAAUACUUUUUGCACUUGGAUUAAGUUUACACUUGUAGAAGAUGCACAAAUUGUAAAUGAAUGAAAACCACAAAUAAUGAAAAUUGAUAAUUGAUAACUGAAUUGAUGAAGUGCCUGUUAAAACGCAACAAAAUUAAGGCUUCAAUUUAUGAUAAAUAAUAAUAUGAUAAUAUACAUAAAUUGAAUACAAUUGAAAGCCACACGCAAUUUUUCGAACGUUAUUAUUGGACGCCAGGUAGUUCUAUAAAUUUGUUUUCCAAAAUCAUAAGUUUAAGCACACAUACUAUAUAUUAAAGUAUUACCAUAUACUUGAACGCAUAAACAGGCUUCUCUUAAACUAUUUUAA